AUGGAGCUCGAGCCUCAUUUAACCCAAUUGUUUAUCAACAACCAGCCCACAAGUGUGUCUGUAUACAACCCUGUCACCGGAGACUUGGUGAGCGAUCGGAUUCCUGUUGCAGGCGACAAGGAUGUCGAUGAAGCAGUCGCCUACGCCAACGAGGCAUUCAAGCCAGAUUCGCCUUGGCGACGAAUGACACACAACCAGAGGACGGAAAUUCUCCUCAAGUUUGCCGAUCUGCUUGAGGCCAACCAAGAGCGUCUUGCCUACCUUACACGACUUACUCUGGGAGCCCCUUAUCUACCCUUUGGAAAGUCUGAGAUUGGCACCGCUAUUGGCUGCUUCCGUUAUUACGCCGGAUGGGUCGAUAAACAUGCUGGUCAGAGCUUUCCCGCUGAUGACGGUUUCUACAAGAUUGUCCGUAACGAGCCACUCGGCGUUGUUGCAGGAAUUAUCCCAUGGAACGGACCACUGGCCUCUGUCGGACUCAAGGCGGCUCCAGCACUCGCCACCGGAAACGUCUUCAUCUUGAAACCGAGCGAGAAGACGCCACUGAUGGCCGCGGAACUUGGAAAGCUGGUACUUGAGGCUGGCUUCCCUCCUGGCGUCUUCCAAGUCCUGACUGGAGAUGGCUCGACAGGUGCGGCUCUCGCAUCUCACAUGCGCGUUGCCAAGGUCAGUUUCACUGGGAGUAUCCAGACAGGAAAGACAGUGCAGGUUUUGGCAGCCAAAAGCAAUCUGAAGAGGGUUACGUUGGAGCUCGGAGGUAAAAGUCCUGCCGUGGUAUUUAACGAUGCGAAUCUCGAAAACGCAGUCAACUGGGCCGUUAAUGCACUCGUGAGCAACUCGGGUCAGAUCUGUUUCGCAGCAACAAGAGUGUACGUGCAGUCGGGGGUCUACGACAAAUUUAUUGAAGCCUAUCUUGAAGGCAUCAAGGCGAAACGACAGGUCAUUGGAGACCCGGAGGCGGCUGAGACACAGAUUGGCCCAGUCGUAGACAAGGCCCAGCACGAUCGUAUCAUGGGCAUCAUCUCAUCUGCCAUAGAGAAAAAUGACGGGAAAGUGCUGACCGGAGGGCAAAAGCUGGAUGGAAAGGGCUACUUUAUCGAACCGACCGUGUUUGCCGACACUAAAGAUACAUCAUUCAUCUACAAAGACGAGAUCUUUGGACCGGUAGCCGUCAUCAACAGGUUUGAAACAGAGGAAGAAAUUAUUGAACGUGCCAACGACAGCAAGUAUGGACUCAUGGCUGGCGUCUUCACUCAAGACAUCAGCCGAGCACUUCGGCUCAGCUCGCUCAUCGACUCUGGAGUUGUUGGGAUCAACUGCAUUAGCACCAUUUCAUUUUCGUGCCCUUUCGGUGGAACAAAGGAGAGCGGCCUUGGUCGAGAGAAUGGGGAGCAUGCGUUGAGAGCUUACACUGAGCCCAAGACUAUUCUGAUUAACAUGGCGUGUUGA